UACACCCUCACCAACUAAUUAAUUUCUUAUAUAUGGCUAAACAGAAUGACACGCACACACCACACACAUACAGCUGAAUAUUUUUAUAUGUUUGGCUUUGUUUUAUUUCUUGGAUUUUGGAGGAGUGAAAAAAUGCAGCAUUGUUGAAUUUCGUCACGUUCAAGAAAAGGGCCCCAAUCAGCUGAAGCUGUCUCCUUCCUUUUUGUUUUGAGAUCUGCAACUCUUUCUGUCAAAAUCAAAUCCUAGAUUUUGUUCAACUCCAAAUACCAGCUGGGUUUUGUUUCAAAUCGGCAGCCUUCAUUCCAGCCUCCACCGCGUUUCACUGCAUAUAAAAUAAUCUUUCAUUUCUUGGAAUGCAAAUAUGGAUGGGAAAGGUACUAUAUCAGAUUACAGAAGCAAGAUGGACACGACACUAGCCUCGCCCGAUUUGACAAACCACGAAAAGCUUCAAACUCUAGUGAGGAAUCAAAUCUUGCAAUAUUCAGAUCUCCAGCUUGAAGGAUGCAUUGAGAAUGUGAUUGAGAGGAGAAGCAAUGAGUUGUCCAAUUUUCUUGGCAUGCUGAGGAGUACUGCUGAUUCUGACAGAUUGAAUUCUUCCUGGAAAGUAAAACAUGACACUGAAGAAUUUAGGGUCAUGUAUCGGGAAGGACCUGAAGGAACUCCGCUUCACACUCUUCUUGUCGAGGGCUACGUGGAUGGGCCACUUGAUGUUUGUAUGUGUAUUUCAUGGGAGUCUGGCCUCUACAGCAAAUGGUGGCCUCAAACUGCCAUUCCGAGUUUCAAAGUCAUUUCCUCGCGUUGUCUGCAGAGAGUUGGACCUGGCGAACAGAUAUCACUAGUGAGGAUGAAGGUUUCAUGGCCACUAUCAAGCAGAGAGGCCGUGAUUCAUUAUUUUGCAUUCGAGUACUUCCAGGACGAUCUAAUGGUGGUGCUCCUCAACUCGAUCUCCGACUCAGAGAAAAUCGACAGACAUAGUCAUGGAUUCACGAGAGAUGGGAUACCUAAGGAAGAGGAAUUGGUGAGGAUAGAUGUUGUGGGAGGGUUUGCAUUGCAGAAGGUGACUGCAGAGAGGAGUUACUUCCGGACGAUAGCAAACAUGGAUAUCAAACUAGACUUUGUUCCUCCCUCGUUCCUCAACUUCGUCUCAAGGCAGCUUGCAGGCAGUGGUUUCAAGCUCUACAAAAAUGAAGUUGCUUCAGUUUCUAAAGGCGAUCAGAAGUUCUGCGAGGCUUUGAAGGAUCCACUUUAUGCUCGUAUCCGUCAGGCUCUUGAUCCUGAUAACUCAGCAGUUGCAAAAUGUGACAAGAGGAGCACAUUUAGCAUGCAACGUAGAGAAGAAGAUGAAAAUGCUGUCGACUCAGAGGCCAAGAGAAACGAGCUUGAAAAAUCCGAAGGAGGCGAAAUGUUGGAUGAUUGCAGCUUGAAAUCAGCAUAUGGUUCAAGUGAUGGUUGCUGCAGUGGUGGCGAGGAAGAAGGUCGUAGAGACGAAACAACAGAAGGUUGCAGAGACGAAACGAGGAAGGAGGUUCGUAUCAGUGGGGAGGUAGAGAAGGCUCUGCUAACAUUAGAAAAUGUGAUUGCCAUAUUCAAGCAGCAGAGAAGUGAAACUAAUUUAGAGAAUGAUCAAAUCAGUCGAAGCUCCACUUCAGUUGAACCAACCAUCAUUUUGGAGAAUCAUGCUUCCAGGUUGAGAAGGGAGACAAGUGAUAGCAAUGUUGAGAGAUCUAAUUCUAAGAGCAGUGCUUUUCAAUUGCAACCAUCCAUGAAUCACAAUCUUGAAAAUGUAACAAAAAAUAAAAAACAUAGAUUUUGCUGCUUUGCCCUUCAUUUACCAUUACUCAGAUAAUGUAUAUGGAGGAAAUAGAUCAAUCAAAAUGAAAACAUAUUCCUCUUUUUA